AUGAGCCAACUCAAGCCCGGUUUCAAUAAUCGCCCGCCGUUCAAGAGCUGGCUGAAAGCCUCCUGGCUCGACAUCGCGACCCAGCUCCUCUGCCUGCUGAUCGCCGAGCUCAUCUACCUCCUGGCCACGCCGCUGAUGCCGCGCUACUUCCCCCUCUCUAACAAUAUAUGGUCCACCUCUUGGGGUCUGCAGCACGGCAAACCGUAUCUAGCCGAAUACAUCACCACGCUUGUGAGCGCCAUCAUCUCGUUCGCCGUCCCGUUUCUGGUCAUGGGCGCGAUCGGGCUCUGGUGGGUCCGCGACUUUUGGGAGAGCAAUGCAGCUAUCAUGGGUCUUGGCUACGCCCUUGCGACUGCAACGCUCUUCCAAUCCUUCAUCAAGUGGUUCAUCGGCGGCCUCCGUCCGCACUUCCUCGCCGUCUGCGUCCCGCUCAAUCCGCCGCCGCUGCCCGCCCUCGGAGCAAAGGUCAAGGAAGCGCAGAUGUCGUUUCCGUCCGGGCACUCGAGCGCGGCGUUUGCGGGCUUCGGGUUCCUGGCGCUGUACCUCAACAGUAAACUCAAGGUCGUUGGAAGGAAACCAGAUGGCGGUCGAGUCUUGGAGGGCGAUGGGGGGACACAGGGUUUUUACACACCGCGCGGCAAGGAGGGCGGUGAGGAGGGCCGUGCUGGUGCUGCAGGAGAUGGGCGGACGCGCCAUUGGAAAGUGGUGGUCUGGGUGCUCCCGUGGCUUUUGGCGUUUUUGAUUUCGGCGAGUAAGGUCAGAGACUGCUGGCAUCACCCGAUUGAUGUGCUGUUUGGGAGUCUGGUCGGGAUUGUGUUCGCGCACUUGGCGUAUUGGUGUGCGUUCCGGGGUGUGUACGACGGCAGGGUCAACCACGUACCUAGACACUGA